CUACUAUAAUAACAACAAAAUUUUUCUUCAAAAUAUUUCAGAUUACUCAUCUCGUUUUAGAAACAAAAUCAAAACAGAAGACGAAAAAAUGGAAGGAAAAAAAAAAAAGAAAGUUAACGAUAAAUCAAUUCUUGAUCAAUUCCUGAAAAUUGGAAAGAGACAAGAGGCGCGAGAAUAAGUAAUAAGAGUAAUAGUAAGAGGGAAAGCGCAGCGUGGCAAGUGCGGAGUUGCCACCCUUCGUCAGCUGUCCUGUACGAGGCAGCCAGUACGCGUCGUGGCUUCGCCACGUGCUUCUCGUCUCGUUGGAAAUUUCGCGUUCACUAUUUGUCUGAUUAUGUUUUCAUUUUCUCUCGUCUUAUUCUUGUGUUAAUUUGUUGACUUACGAUGAUGCAAUUCCGUGAUGCAAUUCGUAAAGAAAAUCUUGAUAUUUUCACAAUCGGUGAUUAUUCCGCUCUUGUGACCAUGUGACCAAUGCAAUUGUCAUGUAUUUGCUAUGGAUAUUUUUGCAUGUGUAUUUUGAGCAAACAUAUUAGAAAUAGAAGAAAUCUAAAACGCUGGCCGUUUCAAACGAAUUGAUGAAUGAAUCAGGACGUAUUGUAAGGGAGGAUCAGUCCCAAGACAUGAUGAAGCAGCGAGUCCUUCUGGCCCUCGCCAAUUUGAUCACAUCUUAUGCAUCGUUUCUAGCGGCGACAGGGGCGAAAACAUCCACGAGGCAGAGGACGCAGAGCAAUAAUCAUAGCAACAUAAGCGAGCUCUUGGACAAUUUGCUUCGCGGUUACGACAACAGCGUGAGACCAGACUUCGGCGGUCCACCGGCCACAGUUGAGGUCGACAUCAUGGUGCGCAGUAUGGGUCCGAUUUCCGAAGUCGAUAUGACUUAUUCAAUGGAUUGUUACUUCCGACAAUCGUGGGUGGAUCGACGUUUGGCUUUUCAAGGCGGUAAAGAAACUCUGGCGCUUAGUAUAUCGAUGCUAGCAAGGAUCUGGAAGCCGGAUACGUAUUUUUACAACGGGAAGCACAGUUAUUUACACACUAUAACCAGUCCCAACAAAUUCGUCAGACUUUAUCAAGAUGGCAGAGUGCUCUACAGUUCAAGACUCACGAUCAAGGCAGGAUGUCCAAUGAAUCUUGAAAAUUUUCCAAUGGAUACACAAAGAUGUCCAUUACAAUUUGGAAGCUCAGAAAGAGAAAGAGAAAAAGAGAGCGAUUUAAAUCACAAAUACAUCUCUGGAGAGGAGUUUUCAUUGACUCAGAAAGUCGGUUACACGAAGCGGGACGUGAUCUACAAGUGGAACAGCGCUCGACAAGUAGCAAUCGCCGAGGACAUGAAAUUAUCCCAAUUCGAUUUGGUUGCCAAUCCGACUGCAAAUUAUUCUGCAUCGACGACCCUUUCACAUACGGAAUAUUCGAUGUUGCUGGUAUAUUUUCAUCUGCAAAGGCAUAUGGGUAAUUUUCUUAUACAAGUAUAUGGACCUUGUGUUUUGCUAGUCGUCCUUUCUUGGGUUUCUUUCUGGUUAAAUCGAGAAGCCACUGCAGAUCGUGUAUCACUAGGAAUAACAACUGUGUUAACAAUGACAUUUUUGGGAUUGGAGGCACGAACCGAUCUGCCAAAAGUUCCUUACCCCACUGCCUUGGAUUUCUUCGUUUUCCUCUCGUUCGCCUUCAUUUUCGCCACCAUUAUACAAUUCGCGGUGGUCCAUUAUUUCACCAAGUACGGUUCCGGCGAGUGUUAUUUCAGUUCGGAUCUAAGCGAAAGUGAAACUUCCAGCGAUGAAGAGGAAGCGGAUACGCGGCCAUUGAAGAAAGAACCAAUUUCCCAAUCGAACAAAAGAACUGCCGGAAAUCUAGCAACUCGUGAACAUCCAAGUCGUAAUUUUACAAUGAAUGAAGACGGUAUGAUCGAGGUAAUACCGUUAUCAGCAAUUCCAGAACCGAGCAAAAAUCCUGCAAUGAGUCAUUGGCAAAUGUCCUGCGUGGCCUGCAGUCCACCUCCUCGUCAAACUCCUCCAAGCAAAAAGGAAUCAGGUCGAAGACGACGCAGAAGGACUCCUAGAUACAAUUCUGUAUCAAAAAUUGAUCGAGCCAGCCGCAUCGUGUUCCCCAUAUUCUUCCUAGCGAUCAACGUAUUUUAUUGGUUUGCAUAUUUGUCGAGAAGCGAGCGUAUCAAUUAUUAUAACGUGAAUUCAAAUGGCACGUGAGACUGGUCGUUAAACAAAAUAUUGAAGAGAAAACACAUGUACGAACAUUCUCCAUGGAGUUAUUUAUGAGGAAAUACUUGUUCGACCAAUCUAGAAAUAUUAUUUUGAGAGAUCAUAUCUGUAAUAAAAUUUACUUCUUCGCGAAGUAGUCGAAUCACUUAACAAAGAUAAUGAGACUUUUGAACAAUUAAAUAAAUGAAUAUUAUCGUUAUCAUUCAUAAAUUUAAUCGUAAAAUAAGAUCGUUAAAUAAGAAA